AUGGCGGGUAUCCAGGACUCGAGACAGGCGGUUCUGCCGUCGAAACCCCCAUGCAUCGUAUGUCACGACCUAGACCCGAACCAGUUCCCCAAUCUUCAAGAUGACUACCCCGGCUUCAAGCCCGAAGCCGCUAAACAUUGGUUCCGUGUAUGGGCUGCGAUCGUUAAGCGAUCGAGUAAGGCUGGCUGCCACUUUUGCUACAUCAUCUACCAAGCUUAUCAACGAUUUGGGCUUGACAAGAUCAGGAGAGUCGACCCAGACUGGGAUCAAGAGACAAGGAUCUCGAUCUACUUUCACAAAGUCCUCAUGGUAGCUUUUGUCUCCGAGACUAUCCAAGGGGCAGAUGGUAUGAUAGAUGUUUCGCAGCCGGUUCUUCGUGGACGAUGCGACCUUUUCGUUAAGCCAGAUAAACCAUCUCCCUGGCCAACGUUCAAACCUGCAUAUGAAGUCGCUCCGGUGCUCCACUCCAACCGGCGACAAAAGGUCGUCAAGGGAUGGCUUUCAUCCUGUCUCUCACAACACGAGCGUUGCAGCAAGCCAUUUUGCGGUGGUAAAUAUGACACGGCGAUGGCGCCAAAGAGACUCUUGGAUCUCGGAAAGAAUCCUCGAAUGGGAAUGAAACUAGUCGACGCAUCCUUGGACACGAAGCCUUAUGCAGCAGUCGUACACUCCUGCGUUGAACAAUUGCAACCACCCCUGGCACCGACGCGGUGGGAGAACCUGGAGGAGAGGAAGCAGAAGAUCCAAUGGUGGCAGAUCCCCAAGGCAAUUCAGGAAACCCUUAUCGUGGCCCAUGAACAGGGCAUACGAUACGUCUGGGUCAAAGACUUUUGCGUUUUGCAGGACGAUGACGAUGACGGCUCCUGGCACAUUUAUCGAGAGGACAUAAUCUUCCGCGGCUCUUUUCUCACCAUUGCCAUCACUGGCCUCAAGGAUCUUCGCCAUAGCAGCUUUGGCCCUCGGACAGUCAUCUCAGGCGAUGUGGACCCCGAGAAGACACCCGAGUGCUUCCCGAUCUCGGUAAACCACCGCGGCGGCGACUACACUAUAUAUGCUCGAGACUCCAUGUAUUAUGCUCACCAACUUCUCAGGGAGGAGCGCCAUUACUACGGUCGUCGAACUCGAGAUGAGAUGAUUUCAAUAUUUGGCAACGAUUCCUCCUUUCAAGGCAUCGCCCUGUCGCCAAGAGUUCUCUAUCUUCGAAACUCUGAGAUGGUGUGGGAAUGUCAGGAAGACCAGCGUUGCGAGUGUAUGGCUGAAACUCACAAUCAUCAACUGGAUAGAAAGAUGCAAUGUACCUGGGAUAAAACCCCAGGGCACUUGGAGUUGAAUGGCCUAAUGGUUGAUGAGGUUUUCCGCGGUAUCAUGCACCUGCCUCAUGGGAGAGACGACAGACAGCUGACGUUAAGCGCUUUCUUCUGUCAUCUUUCUCAAUUAUCUGCCGAAGCAGAGGAUCCAAAGUCGCGCGUUCAUUGGGUUGCCGGCAUCUCAAUGUCCGAAGACAACGCAACCAAAUUACCGUACGACCUUCUUUGGAGCGUCGGUCGCCUUCAUGAUGAUAGCGGAUGGCCCAUACAACAUAGGCUUUCGCCAAAGACGUCACCGGACUACUCUCCAAUGAAAUCCAUACCUUACUACGCUCCCUCGUGGUCGUGGACAAGCAUGCAGUUCAGCAAGGGCGAGAAGCUGUUAACUGCGAAAGACAUCUGCUGGCCGAGCUCGGCCGGGGCUCUAAGCCCGGCCAAAGAUUUCAAAUGCAACAGUGUGGAACUAGCAGCGCAGCAUACCAACCAAGCCAAAUCAAUCAAUCAAUCAAUCAACUAA